CGUUGCACUUGAAUUCGGUUUUGAAUGUAAGUGCGAUUACCAUGACAAGCAUUGCAAUUGAAUUCGCCCCUUAAUAUUUCGCCCUGCGGGCGCAAAGACUUAGCAAGUACAAGAAAGACAUCUUCCUUACUUUGUCUGUCUGGGAGCACGGAGGUCUGGAGAAAAAGACAGCUAUACUGUCAAUUUGAUGUUGCAAUCUCAUUGUGUUUUACGUGAAAGCGUGUUGCCGGUACUCACGUAACUUUCUUUUGCUGUGUGUAAGUUUUCCGUGACAAAUGGCAGAAAUCCCAUAUAUUCCAGCUAAUGAUCUACAAUUUCUUCAUCAAGAUUUUGUAACCGUGCAUAGUGUUCCCACACACAUUGUUACUUGUGGGAGAUGGUUGGAUGAGCCUUUGCCUGACAAUGACCAUGGUCGUUUUCUAAUUCUUUUUAUUCCCGGAAAUCCCGGUGCUUUAGAAUAUUAUAUUGAAUUUAUAAAAGCACUAUAUGAAGGACUUCAAAGAACAAUUCCUAUCUGGGGAGUAUCUCAUGCUGGGCAUGUAAGUGCACCUCCUGGUUGCACAAUACCAAAACUUCAAGGAAAUGAAAACCUAUAUUCUUUGGAAGGGCAAAUUCAUCACAAGAUGGCAUUUAUCAAUACAUUUGUACCUCGGGAUCGAAGACUGAUUCUUAUUGGACAUUCCAUUGGCUGCUAUAUUGUUCUUGAGCUUUUGAAAAGAUUACCUCAUUUGCAGGUAACACGUUGCUUUCUUCUCUUCCCAACCAUAGAAAGAAUGUCAACAACUCCGCAGGGUCAGUGGGUAUGGCCAAUGUUGACAUAUCUUCGUCUUCCAGCAUUAAUUAGUGUGUAUGCUCUUAGUUGUUUAAGCCCACAAAUGCAAUCCAGACUUUUAGAAUGGUAUUUUAAAGACCGCUGCAUCCCUGAUUGUGUUCUAAAUGCUAGUCUUAAUUUAUUUCAACCUGAUUGUGCCAAACUUUGUAUGUACAUGGCUCGAGAUGAGCUUGAAAAUGUCACUACUUUAGAUGUUGAUAAUAUUCGAGAGAACAUUUCUCGUAUUACUUUUUAUUAUGGAGCUAAUGACAACUGGUGUCCUUAUUCCUAUUAUCAGGAUCUAAGAGAAAUAUUUCCUCAGGGAGACAUUCGACUAUGUAAAAAUAAUUUUGAACAUGCAUUUGUGCUAGAGAAUAGUAAGGAGAUGGGAGCUUUAGUGUCAGGAUGGAUACUUGAGGAAAUAUUAGGCACACCAAAAGAUGUUCAUAGAAAUUCACUUUUGGUAUAAUCCACAUGAAUUUUGAGAAAUUUCAGCAGUAUGUAGCAUCUAAACAUCACUGAAAUGAGUAAAUGUUUUGAAUUACUCACAGUGCAUGACGCACAAGUUUUUACUGUAUCUUGUUUUUUCUUUGCAAGUAGUUGAAGAUGCUUUUUGUAAUAUAACAUGAGGAAUCUCAGAAAAAUUUUUGUUUAUUUUUUACAUCAAAUAUCAUAAGAAUAUGAAACUAUAUUAACUGAAAUGAACUUGUUGAUAUUGUAGUUUAAAUUUGGUUCCUAUAUAUUUAUUUCUGUGUGUUGUUAAUGAUGUCACAAUAUUUAGAUGCAUUUAUGUUUGAUUUUGCUGGUGAUACUCAUUUUAUUGAUAGAAAUGGAAGAUCAAUUGAAGCAAAAAAUCAAUACUUAAAAUUUAAAUAUAGCUAUUUACUGUCAUCUAAUUGAUUAUAUUAUUAGUUGUUUUGUUAAAAAAUUAAUUUGCUUUUUAUUUGGCUUAUUUUUCAAAGCAAAUGCAUACCUGUAAGGCAUAAAGUUGUUCAGCUACUGUCACUUAGACAUGAAACCACAUUAGCUUUCAUUUUCUGAAAGGGAAGCCCUGUUUAGAAAGCAUAUUGCUAAAUAUCAUGCUUUUUAAAGAUAUUGUUUGCCUUAUAAAAAAAUAAUAUUAAUUACUGUAAAAAUGAAAAUGCUGAAAUCUAGAACCCUAGUUAGUUGUAAGCAUCAAAUAUAUAUUAAGUUGUUAUUCCUAUGUUCCAUUUUGGAUGAAAUGAAUAAUCAUGUUAUUUAAAAUGUAGCUAUUUCUUGUAAUUAAAAAUGCUAACAUUUAAUACUAAAUGCGCAAGGAAAAAUUAUUAAUUUGUUUGGCUCAGUUAAUUCUUUAUUCAUAAUAUUAGUCCAGUUAUGUUAAGAAAUUACAUGAUUUGCGAUAAAUAGAAUUCAGUAGCUUUUGUACAUUCUUUCUUAACUGUUUUUGCAAUUAGUCUUUUUUUUUUUUUUUUUUUUUUUUUUUUUUUUUUAAGUGUCAUUCUUAAGAGAGUGGAUUGAAAUUUCAAAAACUUGGGAAAGUUUAGUUAGAACUUCCAUUUGCAAAUUCUACAAAGCUAUGAACAUUAAAUGAAAAAUUAAAUAUGUGAUUUUUAUUAAUAUUUUGUGAAACAAACCUCAUUAAUCUAUUUAGAAACUAUAGGCUCAUUAUAUUUUAAAGCAUCUAAUGAACUUCUUUAAAGGGGAUCAUUUUACUGAAUACAAAAUUUUAAAAUUGAUGCUUAAUUGCAUACAAUCUGUGUUUAAAACAAAAACAGCAUUAAAAAUAAUAAUAAUAAUCAGUCUUAUGCAUUGCAAUUUAUCUAGUCAGUAAUUCACAGCAAAUGAAUUCCUCAAUAAAUAAAUAAAUAAAUAAAAAGUUUCAGUUGAUGUAACUAUUGUUUAACAUUCCAUUUAACUUGACCCUUUUUUUGUGGUUAUCAGAUAAAAUUGUAAUGAUACUUCACAUAUAUUACCACUUUUUUUCAGGAAGGGGUCACUCUGUAUAUUACUUGGUUAUUUAAAAUAUUUUUACAAACCCGUACAAAUGAUCUAGAUACCAUCUUAACGGACAAAUUAUUAUGGAAACAAACAAUAAAAUUGAUGACUAAAUAAAUCUAGUUAAUAAAUGCAGUGUAACUAUAGCUUUUUGGGAGCCUUAAAUGACUAGCUGCUCAGUGAGUUAGAUUUUCUUAUGGAAUUUAAGUUUGUAAGCACAAUAAUAUUAAUCUUUUAGUAUUUUAUCUGAUAUUGGUAAAUCUGUUUUUUAGAUAACAAAGAUGUUGAAAUUAGUUUGUAUAAUAUUAAUUAAGGAUGCAUCUUAAAAAUUUUCAUAAUUUUAAAUAAUCCAAAAUAAAUUUCAUAGUUUAAUAAUUCAAAAUAUUAUUUUGAUGUGAAUUAUAAAUUUCGGUUUCACCGCAAAAAUGCUCUUAGAAGUGAGCUACUGUAAUUGGAAUAUUCAAAUUCAAUGCUUCAUAUUUUUUUGUCUUUUCUAUCAAUCUAUUAUAUGUUUAACAUUCUGCAUUUACUAAAUAUUUUUUACACACUGAUAUCUUUUAUUGUAUAUAAAUAUUUGUAUUUUUCAAAUGCAUGUUACUUUAAACAGGUAUACUUUAAAGGAAGAUGUGUUAAUACUAAUUUAUUAGUAUGAAUUGGUAUGUUUAGUAUUUGCAUUUCCCAUGUUUUCUUCUGCUUAUUGAAAAUCAUUUUUGUUUUCCUUAAAGGACAUUUUCACUUCCUAUUCCAGUGACAGCAGUGCUUAAAAAUCAUUAUUUGUAAGUUAUUUUAUGGGAAUUAUUUAAAUCCUCUGAGCAUAAAUUUGAAUGUUCCCCAAGAUUUGAGUAAAAAAUGGUAGUUUCUUGAUUGUAAUUCCAAAAUGACACUUUCACUUUGUACCUCGAUUCUUUUUCUUCUAAUAUACAUCUAAUCUGAACGUGGAUCCACCAGGAGCUGGUAGAAAUUUUCGUGUGUAAAUUGGAAAAGCAACCUUCUAUAUGGAAGUUUACUUUGAGGGUUAAUGGUGUGUUUUUUUUAUUAAACUCUGUUACUAAUCUUUAUGUUAAAAAUCCAUAAAUCUCUUCCUACUCAAGAAUCUCGUUUUUCAUCAGCAUAUUGAAAUCAGAUACGAGGCUUCAGAUAAUUAGCAGUUUCCAUUAACUUUUAAAUUAAUGCCCAAUAACUGAAAAUACAGUAGAAUUAAAGUCCCACCUAGGUAAAAUAUAUUUUCUUUGUACAUUCCCUACUGGAUAAUUUUCAAAAUGAAAAAAGAUAAUUUAUACAAACUUCAUAAUGAAUACAAACCCAGUUUUUAAUGUAAGUUAGUUAUUAUUAAAAGUUUAUUAAAUUUAAAAUGUUCAAUAAUUAGAGAGUUACAUGGCAGUAUAAAAUCAGUUUUGUUUUAAUACAAAAUAAUUUUUUUAAAAAUAAAUCUAUAAAAUUGUUAUAAAAAGUAUUAGACAAUUAAAUUUUUUAUUUUCAAUGAGCAGGGAUUCAUUUUGGUUUUAAAAAUACUGAAUUUUUGCAUUAAUUUAGCAUAAUUUUAUGUCAAACUUUUUGUGAUGGAUUUCUCUGUGGCCUCAUUUUCAUUGCAAAUAUUUCAAAAUUGAUGUGUUUGAUAUAUGGCUUAUUUGAGAGCCAUUCAGUGAUAACUGUAUUUUAUACUCAUAAUCAUUCGUUUAUGAAUUAAGAUUUGUAAAAAAAGAAACAUUUUUAUCAUGAAACAAAAGUGGUUCAUUUACAGGUUCAGUGAGAAUUGGAAGUAAAAAUACACAGUAUAUCUAUAAGCUUAUUUACACUCUUAAAUGUACAGAUUUACCAAGCUUAUGAAUUACACCAGUGACACCAGCAGUAUGGGGCCGAGCAUUGUCAUGGAGCAACACAAUUCCUUUACUGAGCAUUCCUCUUCGUUUGUUUUGAAUGGCACGCCUUAGUUUUGUUAAAGUCUCACAAUAUCGUGUCGCAUUAAUGGUUUUACCUCUGGAAGAAAUUCAGUAAGCAAAAUGCCUUUCCUAUUCCAGAAGACAGUGCAUAUGAUUUUUUGUGAUGACAUUGUCACUUUGAACUUUUUUUUUUUUUUUUUUUUUUUUGAGAAUGAGUGUUUCUCCACUCCAUCGAUUGUUGUUUCGACGAUUCUGGUGUGAAAUGACACACCCAAGUUUCAUCACCUGUCACAAUUUGGUUUAAAAAGUUUUCUCUCCCUCAUCACGUACUGUACUGCAUGAGAAAUGUCUGGGCACUACCAAGUCGCUUUGUUUUGUGAACAUCAGUGAGCAUUUUUGAAAUCCAUCGGGAACACAGUUUGCGAUAAUUCAAGCAGUCAGACACAAUUUUGAACAAAACAGUACGUGAAA